AUGCUCCUGUUCCAAUCUACCAAUCCGGCCAGCAGUAGCAGACUAAAUGCAUCGUGUGAUUCUAAAUCCGAUUCCAAGAACAUCUCCUUGGCCCCCUCGAAAGCUGAACCUGUCGGAAGAGGUGAGGAGGACGGUCCGAACAUCCGGGACGUUGGACGAGUUCAAGAAAAGCUGGAGAGUCCAUUGGAAACGGACAACCACCUCGGGCUGCUGUUGAACCUGCCGGAAGAGGUGGAGAGGACGACGGUCCGAACAUCCGGGACGUUGGACGAGUUCAAGAACAGACGACGGGCCGAACAUCCGGGACGUUGGACGAGUUCAAGAACAGCUGGAGAGUCCAUCGGAGACGGACGACCACCUCGGGCUGCUGUUGAACCUGCCGGAAGAGGCGAGGAGGAGGACGGUCAACACAGCCGGGACCGUGGCCAAGUUCAAGAACCUAUUCCAAGAACAUCUCUUUGGCCCCCUCGAAAAGCUGAACCUGCCGAAAAAGGCGAGGAGGACGGUCCGAACAUCCGGGACGUUGGACGAGUUCAAGAGCAGCUGGAGAGUCCAUCGGAGACGGACGACCACCUCGGGCUGCUGUUGAACCUGCCGGAAGAGGCGAGGAGGAGGACGGUCAACACAGCCGGGACCGUGGCCAAGUUCAAGAACCUAUUCCAAGAACAUCUCCAUGGUCCCCUCGAAAAGCUGAACCUGCCGGAAGAGGUGAGGAGGAGGACGGUCAACACAGCCGGGACCGUGGCCAAGUUCAAGAACCUAUUCUGAAUCCGAUUCCAAGAUCAUCUCCUUGGCCCCCUCGAAAAGCUGAACCUGCCGGAAGAGGUGAGGAGGAGGACGGUCCGAACAUCCAGGACGUUGGACGAGUUCAAGAAAAGCUGGAGAGUCCAAUGGCGACGGACGACCGCUCGGGUUGCUGCUGAACCUGCCGGAAGGGCGAGAAGGAGGACGGUCCGCACAGCCGGGAUUGACAGACUUGAGACUUUGCCGGAGACGGUUGACCACUUUCGGUUGUGGUUACUGAAUCCGCCGGAAAAGGCAAAGCCAAAGACGGUGCGCUAUUUGAAGUCAGCUGCUUAUUCAUUAACCCUAUUUCUUUACGUGAUAUUUUUACAUUAAUAAACUUUAAUUGUUACGCUGAGAGUA